GGGCGGAGAAGAGGGGAGGUGAGGGGGCGGAUCUAUGACACCUGCAUCUCUUCUCCCGAGUUCUGAUGCAUCCACCGACUGGACAACCUCCCGUCUCCACUCGGGUCACCUCUCCAGAUGAGCUGACCGAAAGGAAAGCACCGAAAUCGGAUGGUUCCGUCCCGUGGUGCAAACUUCUUUCCCGCUGGUCCAAACUUCGCGGCUCAGCCCGGCAUGAUCGUAUCGAACGUCAGCCUGAGCUGCGCGCGCUGUCAUGGACAGGGGGUGUCCGGAUCGCUCCCCCCUCUGUCCCUGAGCCCGACGGGACACCUGGUGGUCGCGGUGUGCCUCGGCGUCAUCGGCACCCUCGGAUUCAUCACCAACUUCGUGGUGCUCGCGCUGUUCUGCCGGUACAGAGCUCUGCGCACGCCCAUGAACCUGCUGCUGGUGAGCAUCUCUGCGAGCGACCUGCUGGUCAGCGUGCUCGGGACCCCGUUCAGCUUCGCGGCCAGCACGCAGGGGCGCUGGCUGAUCGGACGCGCUGGGUGCGUCUGGUACGGCUUCAUUAACGCGUGUCUGGGUAUCGUGUCCCUGAUUUCCUUGGCGGUUCUGUCCUACGAACGCUACUGCACCAUGUUGGAGCCCACUACAGCCGACGGCAGAGACUUCCGCCCGGCGCUGGGAGGGAUCUGCUUCUCCUGGAUCUACUCUGUGGCCUGGACCGUGCCUCCGUUACUGGGCUGGAGCAAAUACGGACCAGAGGGACCUGGAACCACUUGCUCGGUGGACUGGAAGACUCAGACGCCAAACAAUAUCUCCUACAUUAUCAGCCUUUUCACCUUCUGCCUGGUCCUGCCAUUUGGCGUCAUCGUCUACUCCUACGGCAAACUGUUGCACGCAAUCAGACAGGUGCGCAGAGUGAGUUCAGUAGUGACCCGUCACCGAGAGCAGCACGUUUUGGUGAUGGUCGUCGUCAUGGUGAUGUGUUACCUGGUCUGCUGGCUGCCGUAUGGAGUUGCAGCACUGCUCGCCACCUUCGGACCCCCCGACCUGCUGACUCCGGAGGCAAGCAUCACGCCGUCGCUGCUGGCCAAAUGUUCCACCGUCGUCAACCCUUUUAUUUACGUCUUCAUGAACAAACAGGAAAAAAAUUCCCAGCGGGAGAUCCACACUGAACAACCUCAGUGUCAAAUCGAGACCCACGCAAAGGAGAGCAAAACGUAAGAGAGAAUGUUUCGUGACUAAAUUAUUGCUAGUGGUAGAGAAGAGGAUGUGUUGGGAUGUCCUUUCCUUUAUUCUGACUUUACAGUGCGUUUAUGUUUAUGGGGUUUAUUAAUGAAUAUGGUGUGUGGAGCUGAGAAUUAAAAUGUCUAUCAGGUCAAUUUUAGCAACGAGUAUGGAAAUCAGCACAAAUGCACUUUAAUUGUUCUAAACAAAAACAAAACCCAAUUAAUUAUCUGGUUGUAAUUCGAAUACCAACAUGCUUCGUUCUGCAUUGAUACGCGUUGCUACGAUCGGAUCAGGAGGAGGAACACUUUGGAGAAGCUCCAUCUACUUUAGCAUCAAAUUCAUUAUUUCUUUUUAUAUUACUUUCCGGUUAUGUUGAAGGAUUUUUCCUUUUCUAAUAUCAUUUCGGUUGAGCGGGGUUUAGAGUUACUUCCUAACCUAAUUCCCACUCACAAUGUUCAGGGAUUUGAUUCAGAGUAUUAAAAUUUGUCGAGCAAUUUCAUGCAGUUUAGAUCUAAGAAGGAUUUUUGUGUCGUUAUUUACAUUUUCCGCUGAUACGGGCUCUCUCAGAGCUGGGGUGGUUAUAAACGUCGUUAAAGGGACAUUUCUCAGUUUUAAAUGAGACAAAUAAACAUUUUCCACUGUUUCUGAAGCUGCCGUUUCUUUUUUUCUGGAUUUAAAUCAUGUUUUGCGUUGUUUCCCUUAAUGUAUUUUCCAUUAAUAAAAUAAAAUAAUUUCACAAACUGA